AUGGCUAACUCUCUCACGAACCCUGCCGUCGACCCCCUCCAACUUUCCUCCUACGAGACCUCGUCCUCCGCCAUAUUCUCCUCUUUCACAGCCUCAACAGCCUGGUCUCUCGGCACCGCCCUGCGCGCCCGCAUCCAAUCCCUACCCGCCGACCAGCGCAAACCGGCCGUAAUCUCAAUCACGCAAACGCAAGGGAACCAAGUCCUUUUCCAGGCAGUCACAGAAAGCGGCACAGGUCCCGAUAAUGAAGAAUGGGUGCGCCGGAAACGCAAUACGGUGUUGAGAUGGGGUCUGAGCACGUGGGCGUUACGGCAGAAGAUAGCUGCUACGGCGCCUACGGAUGUGGAGGUUGCAUUUUCCAGGAAAUUUGCGCUUAAGAGUUCGAAUGGUAGUGGGAUACCAGAUGAUUAUGCUAUUCAUGGAGGUGGGUUUCCCGUUAGAGUGAAGGGGAUUGAUGGGUUAGCGGGUGUUAUUGUUGUUAGUGGGUUGAAGCAGGAGCAUGAUCAUCAGGUUAUUGUGGAGGCUGUGAAGGAAUUUAUUGAGAAGGGAGGGAAUUGA